ACAGAAUGAGAUAUUUAUAUUAGUGGCUGAGAUGAUCUCAGUUUGCUUUGCUGAGUUAUUGUCACAUGUUAUCAGAAAGUAUUUACAUUCUUUAAAGUGAAAGUAACAAAAAAACACAAUGUAAAAAAUACAUGUAAAUUUGUCAAGCAAAAACACAAAAGUAUUAUCAGCAAAUAAUACUCCAUUAUGCAGGCAAAUUGUGCAAUGUAUUAUUUUAUUACUAAGGAUAUAUUAACAUUCUGUUUGGUUGAGGUGUAGCUAGGCUGAUAACUAGUAACUAGUAACUAUUUUACUGUAAAAAUCCACCGCAUAACAAUCCUGCAUUGUUAAUAAUGAGCUGUGAAACCAAUGUAGUGGAGUAAAAUGUACAAUAAAAUGAAAAUCACAAUGUUUCCCUCUAUAUAGUAAAAGAUAAAAUAGUAUAAGUAAAGUAUCUCAGAGUUUUACUACAGAAAUUGAAAUAAAUAGUCUCAGUCUGAAUUAUGUUUGUUUUUGUAGCAUAUCUCCUUAUUUGGGCAUUUCCGUCUGUGAUAAGAACCAUCCUGACCAAUGACAUUGCAAGGCAUCGAUUCUACGAGCCAAUGACAACGCUCUUGUCAGUUGGACUUCCUGGUUUGUUCUGCUUUUCUACAUUGAUCAUGGCUGCAGAGGGCGAUUUUCUGGCGAGAUACCGUGCUGUUUCAAAUAAACUAAAAAAACGUUUUCUCCGGAAGCCCAAUGUAGCGGAGGCGAGUGAGCAGUUUGGUCAGUUAGCUAAGGAGCUGAAGCAGCAGGACUGCCUUCAGUAUGCUGCCUUCUGUAACCUGGCCAUGGCUCGGUGUGAGCAGACUCUUUUCAACGCUCCCGGAGAGGCUCUGGCGUUGACCGAUGCUGCCCGCCUCUUUCUCUCAUCUGAGAAGGAGAACAGGGCGCUGCAAGCCCCGGGUUUUGAUGAGCACCUUCAAGCUGCUCUCAACUGCUACAGUUUUGCCAUCAAGGUGCACAUUGAGAUGAACCAGCCUGUGAUGGCAGCCAGCCUGUGUCUAGAACUUGGCAAUGCUCUCAAGGAGAUGAACAGACCAGGAGAGGCCAUCGUUCACUUCCAGAGGGCUGCAGAGCUGCAAACACAGACGCCGAUUGAAGCUCUGCUGUCGAUGGGAGAAAUAGCCACGUGUAAAAUUCUCACCCGCGACUACGACGGUGCUCUGUCGGUGUUCACAGAGAUGCAGCUGAUGUGCCAGGAGAGAGGACUGCAGCUACCGGGCAUCAACACCCCUGUUGGGGCAUUUUUGGACAUUGUGGCAAAAUGUGAAAUCUCCAGAGUUCUGCUGCUGAUGUUACUUGAGCCCCCACCUCAGAAGUUGUUACCAGAACAUGCCCAGACCCUGGAGAGAUACGCAUGGGAGUCUUUUGACCCUCACAGCCAAGUGACCUUCUUGCCCGAGAAUGUUUUCCUGCUCCUGCAGUCAGUAGUGAUGGCGUGUCAGGAGAAAGACACAGAGUCCCUCAAAUCUCUUCAGACCGAGCUUUGGCCGUUUCUGACUGCAGAGCAGAAUCAUCUUCUCCACCUGGUGGUUCAGGAGCGCAUCACGCCGUCUGGACAAGGCAUUUAGUCAGCUUUACUCCCUUCCUCUGGGAACGAUACUUAAUAUAAUGGAACAUUCCUGUUUCUGACUGGGUCUGUUGUAAGGCCCAAAGAAGUGUUGUUUUCAAAACCUCGAUGUUGUAACUUGCACUGAGAGAAACACCGAACUUUCCCCUCAGAAAGAGAAGUCCCACAGAUUUCAAAAUCCGUGAAAAGCCGAUGGGAUUUUGUAGUACUGUGUGUUGCUUCUUUUUUUGUUGUUGUAGAGUUUUUAAUUAAAAUAUAAAUUAAUUUCAAUGAAAUCUUGUGUGUUCUCAAGUGAAGGCCACAGAACUGGACCAAUGAAUACAUAUUUAUUGUGCAACAGUGUUGCAGUUACAGCAGUUUAAUAGAUGAAACACAAAGGCUUUUGGUAUGAUUUGUUUUAUUAUUAAAUGAUAUAGCUUGAAUUCCAAUGUAAUUACAAACAAAACCUAUUGCAUAGUUUUGAAUUAUGGCGAAAUUAAACAUUGACCUCCAUCCUGGUUCACUUAAAGUUCACCUGUACACAUUGCAUGCACUUUUCUUAUGAUAGCAGCCAACUACACACACAAAAUCAAACAACACUCCAUACAAAAUGUUACAAAAAUAUAAUGGUUACAAUGUACAUAGAUUAAAAAAAGGAUACACUAUACUUCAGUUGUAAAACGAGGAUACAUGAUUAAAACUACUUGUGCUGUAUAUUGAGGCUGGUCUUUCCUGAUUGUUCAAGUACUACAACAGGACUGUUGUAGCUUUGCCAACAUGCUGUACCUUCACAGAUGCAGUAUAUUCUUCCACUCUGGAAACCUGCAGUAGUAACUGUCAGCCUCACCACGUGAUUAUACAGGAUGAUAAGCACUUUCAUCUCAGAGUAUUUUCAACUACUAAAUCUCUGAAGGGCUUUUCUCCUCCCACAUGGUCAACUUAGUUCGAUUCUUAAAGGAGUAGUUGGACAUGUGGAAGUAUUUCUCUUUCCUUCUUGCAGAGUUGGAUGAGAAGGAUUAUACCACUCUCAUUUCUGUUUGGUAAACAUGAAGCUAUCUGCAGCAGUAGGUUAGCUUAGCUUAGCUUAGCACAAUGACUGGUAAACAGCUAGCAUGGCUGUCAAAACUACGCUAACCAGCACUUCUAAAGCUCAACUUUCUUCUCGUUGGUUUUGGUCGAUGCGUGGCCAACAAACACUGCAGCUCAUCGCCCCCAGAAACCACAAU